CCUGACGUCACAAUCAGGCGUCGUCAAAGUUGUCAGUUGCCAAAAUGAAACCCAGAACGAAGAUGCCAUAUAAAAAAGUACCAAGAAGGCCACCACCAAAGGAACGGGUGGAGAACCCCAACUCGCUUUUAUACCAUCCUCAGUUUGAGAAGCUUGUUGGCGAGGACUGCUUGAUAACCUUAAAAUGCAGUAUAUGCCUAGAUUUCUACCACGACCCUACCGUAUUGCCAUGUGGACAUACAUUCUGCAGCAAAUGUUUGAUGUCAAUGGCAUCCCACGUGAGACUGAACCAGCGCGACCUUGAGCCGAGCGAGCAGUACAUCGGCUGCCCCGAGUGUCGCGAGGCAGUGUACAUCAGCAGCCUUGCCAACAGGGAGACAACUCUCAACUACCCCAUCCAGCAGGUCAUCGAGAGCAUGAUGAAGAAGGAAAACGGGCACGGUGGACAAAUCAUAAAUAAACCCGAGAUGGUUGAUGCAAGCACAAGCUACGACAAGGCAGACUUCGAGCAGGUGCGCCGGGUGGAGGAGACUCGCGAGCACGAGCAGCUCAUCCAGGCCGUCAACAAAGAGAUGGACGGCUUCGAACGCGCACUGUCCGGCAGCGGAAGCAUACUGAACGACGCCUUCCUCGACAUCGAGAAGAUCCGCGUCGACCAUCUGGACAGACUGAGGAAGGACGAAGAGGCCGCGAUGAAAGCUCGGGCUGAGAAGAAAUAUAGCGGGAAAACACAAGACGCAACUGACUUCCCACCGAUGCCCACCGCCCAGGCGGCCAUGUUCGACCCAGCAAUCGUCUCCUACUCCAUGUGGCAUCAGCGCCCUCCGCCAGUCUUCAACGACUUCAUUCGGCGCCCUGCUGUGCCGGUCUAUCUGUAGAUUUUAAUACUGAUAGCUUUUUGGACGGAUUUUAUGUUAACGAAACGUUUAUGCGAAUAUGGAUGAGGGACUUUUUGCAAACUGUUGUGGGGGGUUCACGGGAUAUAAACUGACGUUACCCCAAGGUGUUAGGAUAGUUUACAUGUUACUCAGUGGUCGCUGUGUUACACUAGCCCUGAUCAAGCUUGGUCACAAUUUUCGAAUUUGAUACUCAAUGGCAUUAAUUUACACAUGGUGGAUAUCAAGCUAGAUCCAAAGAUUCGUCAUUACUUAAUUAUUGUUAGGAAUUUAGAGUUUAUAGUGUAACUGCACAGUGUAUUUUAGAGAUAUUUACAUCAUUCUGUGUUUAAUGUGUCACGUGCAAGAGGUGUAUUCACUGUACUGUGUCAUUUAUGUAGAUAUGCUUUCCAA